AUGUCUCCCGGCCCAAUCAUCACUUUCGUUGGUGUAUCUUUCUCUUUUCACCUUGUAGGAUUGUCUUGGAGAGCCCUCAAGAUCAGUUCUCUUUCUAAUCUUUCUCGCUCUCUGUUUCUUAAUUUUCCCGUAGUUCUUCCUUUCUUUUUACUUCUUUCUUUCAUUCCUUCUUUUUCUUUCCUUCUUUUUUCUUCUUUAUACUUUCAUUUUCACUUUUUUCUUUUUCCCUCUUUCUUUCCUUUUUCUUUCUCAUUCCUUCCUUAUAUCUUGCCAUCUCCUUACUUUCUUACAUUUCUUUCUCUGUUCUUUCUUUCUAUAAUUCUUUUUCUUUCUUUCUUUCUUUCUUUCUUUCUUUCCUUCUUUCUUUCUUUCUUUCUUUCUUUCUAUAAUACUUUUCUAUUCUUUCUUUCUUUCUCUUUCUUUCUUUCUUUCUCCUUCCUUCUUUAUAUUCUAUUCUUUCUUUCUUUCUUUCUCUUUCUUUCUUUCUUUCUUUCUUUCUUUCUUUCUUUCUUUCUUUCUUUCUCCUUCCUUCUUUAUUGUUCUUUCUUUCUUCCUUUCUUUCUUUCUUUCUUUCUUUCUUUUUUUCUUUGCAAAAGCUCUGAUCCUUUUUUUUAUUAA